UAAAUGCUCUUAAUAAUGAAGAAGAAAUGCCCAAACUUAAUAUUUUAGAUGCAAUCAAGUUCAUUACAGAAGCAUGGGACAAUCUUAUUCUUGAAAUUCCUUAUCACCUUAUGCGAGUAAUGACUGCUAAUGAUUAUAUCGAGGCUGAUAAUAAUCUUGAAACAGAAGAGGUUACUAUAGAUGAAGCUGCCAUUAUUGAAGAAAUUUGUCACCAGUCUGAUUUCAGUAAUAGUGAUGAGGAUAGUGACGUUGAAAUUGAGAAAAUUUCUCAUUCUGUUGCCUUGGAGCAAUGUAAAUCACUUAUAUUAUAUGUAGAACAACAGGACCCCACAAAAUUUGUGAAAGACCAAGACCUACUAGUAUUACGAAACUUGUUAAAACGAAUUCGAUUAAAUGAAUCCCAAUCAAAAAGACAAAAAAU